AUGUCGAUGAAUGGGAACCUGCCGCAACAGCAGGCUUUUCUAGACAGAUCAGGAGUGUUGCUUGGGUCUGAUGUACCCUACCAGUUCCCACCCUACAACCCGAGGUUCGUAAAACACCAGUUUGGUCGGCAUCAUCGAAGUGUGAACGAGACGGCUAACAGACACAGUCCACAAGGUAUUGGCCAUGGUUAUGACAGAGUUUCGAGGUCAUAUAUACCUUCUACCGGGGGUUUCGAAGAUCCAAGCAACUUUUCAUCCGACCCAGGCAGACAAUCCCAUGAGUUCUGGGGCGACCAUUCCGCAGCACCCCACUCGCCAUACUCGUAUAGCUCGUCCGGAAUAGAGCCAUACUCUCCGCCACCUGAGCUUCAUCUAGGCAAUGUGAAUGACAGCGUGGCUUGUCCUCAUGGUUGUGGAACAAUUUUGACUGGUGUUCAUGCGUUUGGAAACCUGACCCGCCAUCUCAAAACGAAAGGAUGCUCAGCCUCCGGGAAAGCAAAAGUCGAGCACUUGUGUCAAGUGCAUGGUUGCGGCAGGAAGUAUUCUCGAUCGGACGGCUUAAGAGUUCACAUGCGGAGGCGACACGGUGCUGGUUUGCCACAGAAACCCGGGCUGCUCGAUCAAAGUCAUGAUGACGAGCCAUGA